CAUGGCCUCGUUGCCGACUCAGGGUCCCGGGGCCCCCGACUUCUUUUCUGGGCUGCUGCCGGCGGCCUCAGCCCCGGCCAACCAGAGCUCAGAAGCCUUGGUGGGCAAUGGGUCGGCGGCUGGUCCGGGCGCUCAGGCCAUCACGCCAUUCCAGAGCCUGCAGCUGGUGCAUCAGCUGAAGGGGCUGCUCGUGCUGCUCUACAGCAUCGUGGUGGUCGUGGGGCUGGUGGGCAACUGCCUCCUGGUGCUGGUGAUCGCACGCGUGCGUCGGCUGCACAACGUGACCAACUUCCUCAUCGGCAACCUGGCCUUGUCGGACGUUCUCAUGUGCACCGCCUGCGUGCCGCUCACGCUGGCCUACGCUUUCGAGCCACGCGGCUGGGUGUUCGGCGGCGGCCUGUGCCACCUGGUCUUCUUCCUGCAGCCCGUCACCGUCUAUGUGUCUGUGUUCACGCUCGCCACCAUCGCGGUGGACCGCUACGUCGCGCCGGUGCACCCUCUGCGCCGGCGCAUCUCGCCGCGCCUCAGCGCCUACGCGGUGCCGGCCAUCUGGGCGCUGUCCGCGGUGCUGGCGCUGCCGGCCGCCGUGCACGCCUACCACGUCGAGCUCAAGCCACACCGCGUGCGCCUGUGCGAGGAGUUCUGGGGGUCCCAGGAGCGCCAACGCCAGCUCUACGCGUGGGGGCUGCUGCUCGUCACCUACCUGCUCCCCCUGCUGGCCAUCCUCUUGUCUUACGUCCGGGUGUCGGUGAAGCUCCGCAACCGCGUGGUGCCGGGCUGCGUGACCCCGAGCCAAGCCGACUGGGAUCGCGCGCGACGCCGCCGCACCUUCUGCCUGCUGCUGCUGGUGGUGGUGGUGUUCGCCGUCUGCUGGCUGCCCCUGCACGUCUUCAACCUGCUGCGGGAUCUCGACCCGCGCGCCAUAGACCCCUAUGCCUUCGGGUUAGUGCAGCUGCUCUGCCACUGGCUCGCCAUGAGCUCGGCCUGCUACAACCCCUUCAUCUACGCCUGGCUGCACGACAGCUUCCGUGAGGAGCUACGCAAGCUGUUGCUCACCUGGCCCCGCAGGAUCGCGCCGCACGGCCAGAGCAUGACAGUCAGCGUGGUCAUCUGAUGGCGCUGCGCCCGGCCGUGGGGAGCUCCAUGUCCGCUUGU